AUGGAAGUGACAGGUGAAAGACCUGCCAGGGAAGAGUCUGGUUUGGUGUCUUCAGGGGCGAAGACCUGUAAGGAGGGAGGAAUGUGGCGGUCAGGCAGCUUCAAUCACCAGUGGCCAGAUAGAUCAGUUGGGGCCCUGAAAACAGAAUAUGGGUGUCAGACCAACUUUCUUGAAAUGAAAUCUCUUCGCAGAAGGUUCAAUGACAUGUAUAAAAAACGUUUCAGAGAAUUAGAUGAAGCAGCAAGUCAUGGGAAGGAUGAACCUCGAGUUCAAGUUCUAGAGCGAUAUGGCGAGGAGCUUGAUGAACAGAACAAUGUACUUUUAUCAAUAUUAGAACAGACUCAGCAAAAAAUGGUGGAGACCAAGGAAGAAAGAGAUAGCAAGAUCCAAUGUCUCGAGUCCCAAAUUGAAACACUAGAGAAACAACUACAUGAUACUGCUAGCAAGAUGGAUGGGAAGGACGGAAUGAUUUAUGAUUUGAAGAAUGAAAUUGCUGAUUUAAAAUUCCAUCACAUGGUCAAAUCAGGAGAGGCCCAAAGGCAAGAGGAGAGAAUCAAAAGCUUACAAGAGGAACUUAACAAAAGUCAUAUCAAUGCCGAAAAAGAGAUGGACACUUUGCGAAGCAACAUUACUAACCUAAAAUACAGGCUAGAGGAGUCCAACAGGCAAGGAGCACAAUGGAGAGAGGAGAAGAGUGCACUGGAGACGAAGCUGAUGGAAAAAGAAGAAAUUAUCAAGAAAUGUAAUGAAGAGUAUGGGAAGUUAGAAGCAAAGUACCAAGAAAAGGAACUGGAAGUUCAAAAACAAGGGAAGACAAUCAAAAGGUUACAGCAGGAGAUUGAGAAAGGCCAUCAAGAACUUAAUGCUGCCAAUAAAAAAGCAAAUAAAGAGAUUAUAGCCAAAAGAGAUGACAAUAUCAAGAAAUUAGAGAAAGAAAUCAAACAGUUGAAGGUCAAGAAUCAGAUAAAAAAGAAGCAGUUUCAGAAACAAGGGGAGACAAUCAGGAAGCUACAGGCAGAAGUUGAUAAAAGCCACCAGAAGCAGGAUUCUGUAAACAGAAAUUCGGACAAUGCUGUUGGUGUUAAAGAGACACCUGAAAGUUAUGCAACUAUAAAGGACGAGGUGAGCCAGUUACGUUAUGAUAUUGCCAGUUGUUUAGAAGAAUAUGAUAAGGCUCACAGAGGUGCUGAUGAAGAGAUAGCAAAUAAGGAUGAUACCAUCCAGAAACGGACUGAGGGUAGAGGGAUGAAGGCCAUGUGCCCAGAAAAUGUUGUUAUACUGAGACAGAGGGAAGCAAUCACGAUGUUACAGCAGGAAGUUAGUAAAAGUCACCAAGAGCUGGAUACUGCCAACAAAAACGCAGACAAAGAGUUGGAUAAACUACGUGACGUCAUUAUGUCUCUAGAACAAGAUCAAGAAGAAAAUAAUAAGAAAGAAGAAGAAAUGAAGGAAGAGAUUAAUUUCCUGGAGGAGCAGAGAGCUGCAAGUGAUGCCAUUGUAUUGAAGUUGAACAAAGAGAUCGACAAGCUGAGGGCAGAGGAAGAGUUCAACAAAGUUCAGAAAGAAGAAUGUAUAAGCAAAUUGAAGCAGGAAAAUUCCAGGAUUCAGAAGGAAGUAGAAAAAGCUCGAAAAAUUGCUAAUGAGGAGUGGAUUUAG